CCAUGCUUCGAACACGCACCGACAGAAGCCAGCAGAGACAGGAUUUACCGUUCUCAGGUCUUCUAAUAACACGAAGGAUGCAGUAAUAUCUCACUGGCAUUUUGUAUGGAAUACAAAAAAUGCUGGCAAAGGUGGAAUACGGAGGAGUCCAAAAAUACAUCAAAGUUCCACAAAGUGAUGGAAACUUUGAUUUCCUCCAGUUUCUUCAAGAAGUAACAAACAAAUUCAGUCUGCAGGCUCAUCUUCUAACUGAAGGUGAGCUUAGACUGAAUGAUGAAUCUGGUACCGAGAUCGACGCAGAUGUGUUUGAUGAGCUCUUAAAGUCAGGGGUCCAAACGUUUAAGGUUGGAUACCGUCAGUAUGUAGCUACAGAUCUAGAAAUCAAUGUGGUCGCAGAUGAAUCACUGUCAUCAGUAUUGCCGGAGCCAUCAGCAUCAUUGGCUUCAUCCCCAGACCUUUCAGCAUCACCAGCUUCUUCCCUUUCAUCGGAUUCAACUAUUAUUCUUCCAUCUACAAAGAACAGGAGAAGGGGCCUGAGAGAGCUGGAUUGUGAGGAAGCAAGACAGAAAGUUGAUACUGUUCUGAGGUCAAAUCCAAAGGGUGAAGAAAUCUUCCAAGAGUAUGACAGAACUAAAACGCUGUCAGAUGCAACACGCAGACAGAUGGUUAACAUUCUGGUUGCAGAAAUGACUGAUUCAUAUGGAAGAAUUCCACCUACAAGUGCGCGGGUCAGUUAUGCACAGGGAAUUGUUACCCGGUUUCCAUAUCUUCAAGAUCCAUUUUCCAAAAAUGGAUAUGAACAUUACUACGAUCCGGAGGCAAAUACCGGUUAUCUUGCUUGGAGACUUAAGACAGUACAACGAAACACUUGCGAUGGACCACGCGGGUGUUCCAGGCCGAUUGUCAAGGACAGUCCAAUGAGAAAACGGGAAUCUCUGUUAACUGGUGACCAGCUGUUUGGUGACGAGUGCAGAGAGGCUAUCUCUUUAAUCAGACACUCAACAGAUAAAGUGGUGGUUAAAGAGAAAAUGAGAGCAACCUUUGAAUACAGACAGAAGAUGGUUCACGACAAGGAUGCAACAGCUUCAGUGUUGGAGGUCUUCCCUCGUUUCCUUGACAUACCUGGAUUGAUUGACCAGGACUUUUCCAUAAUGUUUGGGGAUGAAGUAUCUGGACGGUUCCUUGCAAGGUGGCCCUCAUAUUUCAAGCAGAAAGUCAUCGCAGAAUGCCAGAGUCUUCCUCAAAGUCCAUAUGUGGAGGAGCUGCUGGAACCUUUUAACCCUGAGGCAGAGAAUGACUAUGGCUGGGAUAGUGAUAUGUCGGCUCUCCUGUUGCUGUUGCAUCUCCUGCCCCCUACAUCAAGAGGCCACAAAAAAACAGCAAAGAUAAGCUCAGCACAGGCAGCUAAUCAUCUUGUGAGAUAUCUUAAGCAAGGAGCCAGCCUCACUACGUUCCUGGACAAAGUUGAUGCAAGACAGCCCUUCCUUCUCUGCAUCGGUGAGCAAAAGAAGAAGAUCGAAAAGUUCUUCAUCAUUGUGGACCAGAAAGCAAUCCCGUGCGAUGCUCAGACAUCAGUUGCUGCUUUUGAUGUUCUAUUCAAAGCUCACUAUGUCUUCAGCCUCUCUUAUGAUGAAGCUCUCUCCGGUUUCUACACUUUCAUACAAACCACAGUUUACCACAUUGAUGUUGGGAACGCAAAAGAGAGCCCAAGAGUCAAGGAACUGAGAGCCCGAGUACUGCGUGAUCGUUAAAAUGCCACCAGAGUACAGAGGU